AUGUCUGUUGAUCCAAUUACUUGCCAUAUCUUGGAUACGUCCUUGGGAAAGCCAGCCAAGGGUGUCACAUGCUCCAUCUUCUAUGUUGGGCCUCUUGUAUCAGAUAAGUCCUCGGAGAGUGCCUAUGAACUCCGUGCUCCAGAAGGCCCAUUUGCCAUGAGCAAGACCGAUAACGAUGGAAGAAUCAAGAAUUGGGUUGUUAAUCCACAAAUGGAUAGCGUUAGUGCAUCUGAACUUGGAAUUUCACAGUCUAAGUGGCAGGACCUUAAGCCUGGCAUCUAUAAGAUCAAGUUCUUGACAGGCAAAUACUUCCACAACUUGAACGCUGCCAACAGGACAUUCUUCCCGUUUGUGGAGAUCAUCUUCCAGGUGGAAAACCCUCCAGACCAUCACUACCAUGUGCCAUUGCUCUUGAGCAAUCACAGCUAUUCUACGUACCGCGGCAGCUAG